GGGGUAGUCACCGGCUGUGGCCCAGCUAUGGCCAGCCUGCUCCGGGCUGCAACUUGGGGGAUGUUCCCCUGGAGGGGCUACUGCUCCAGGGGGAUGCAGGGCGAACUCAGCGAGGGCUUUUUGGAGGCUCUGAAGGCAGUUGUGGGGAGCCCCCAUGUGUCUAUUGCUGCUGCGGUCCGAGAGCAGCACGGGCACGAUGAGUCAAUGCACAGGUGCCAACCUCCAGAUGCUGUGGUGUGGCCCCAGAAUGUGGAGCAGGUCAGCAGGCUGGCAGCCCUGUGCUAUGGCCAAGGUGUUCCCAUCAUCCCAUUCGGCUCAGGCACCGGGCUUGAGGGCGGAGUCUGUGCCACGCAGGGCGGCGUCUGUGUCAACCUGACCCACAUGGACCGAAUCCUGGAGCUGAAUCCGGAAGACUUCUCUGUGGUGGUGGAGCCCGGCGUCACCCGCAAAGCCCUCAACACCCACCUGCGCGACAGCGGCCUCUGGUUCCCUGUGGACCCAGGUGCAGACGCCUCUCUCUGCGGCAUGGUGGCUACCAGCGCCUCGGGCACCAACGCUGUGCGUUACGGCACCAUGCGCGACAACGUGCUGAACCUGGAGGUGGUGCUGCCGGGAGGGCGGUUGCUUCACACCGCGGGCCCCGGCCGUCACUUCCGGAAGAGCGCAGCUGGCUACAACCUCACCGGGCUGUUUGUGGGCUCCGAGGGGACGCUGGGCCUCAUCACAGCCGCCACACUGCGCCUGCACCCUGCCCCUGAGGCCACGGUGGCCGCCACCUGUGCUUUCCCCAGCGUCCAGGCGGCCGUGGACAGCACUGUACACAUCCUCCAGGCUGCAGUGCCCGUGGCCCGCAUUGAGUUCCUGGAUGACGUCAUGAUGGACGCCUGCAACAGGCAUAGCAAGCUGAACUGCUGCGUGGCGCCCACGCUCUUCCUCGAGUUCCACGGCUCCGAGCAGGCGCUGGCAGAGCAGGUGCAGCGCACAGAGGAGAUCAUCCGGCACAACGGAGGCUCUCACUUCUCCUGGGCCAAGGAGGCGGAGGAGCGCAGCCGGCUCUGGGCAGCGCGGCACAACGCCUGGUACGCUGCCCUGGCGCUGCGGCCGGGCUGCAAGGGCUAUUCCACCGACGUGUGUGUGCCCAUCUCCCGGCUGCCGGAGAUCCUGGUGCAGACCAAGGAGGACCUGGAGGCCUCGGGACUCACAGGAACCAUCGUUGGGCACGUGGGUGACGGCAAUUUCCACUGCAUCCUGGUGGUAGACCCGGAGGACCACGAGGAGCUCCUCAGGGUCAAGGCCUUUGCAGAACAGCUGGUCAGGCGAGCACUGGCACUCCAUGGCACGUGCACAGGGGAACAUGGCAUCGGUCUGGGCAAGCGGCAGCUGCUGCAGGAGGAGGUGGGCACGGUGGGCAUUGAGACCAUGCGGCAGCUCAAGGCCAUGCUGGACCCCCGAGGCCUCAUGAACCCAGGCAAGGUGCUGUGAGGGGCUCGGAGCAGCUGGCCCACAAGCCCCCAGAGAGUGGCAACUCCCAUCCCGGAACCUGUUUUCCCACAGAACAGUGCUGCCUUUGCCUAGACCCUGCAGGGGUCUUUGCCAGCCCGCUAGCCCUUUUAUCCAAGCCGAGGCCAGAGAGAAGAGGGAGGAGCCUAGUCGGCCGUCUUCUCCCUGGCCCUCUUGCUGGCCUCAGGAGCCUUUGGUCCAGUAAAUGGCUCAGGGUCAUUCCCGGUGAAGCUGCUU